ACUGGAAAUAAAAGAGGGAAAAGAAAGGUUAUCCAUUGAGAAAGAGCUCACUGGUGAGAGAGCAGAGGGAAACGAAAAAAGAGAGAAGCAAAAAUGUUGGGCCUUUCAUUGGCUUCACCGUCAAACACAGCAAUCUUCAAUCCUUCUUCACUACUUACAAAGAACAACCUCAAAUCAUCUUUCCACGGUAUCCGCGUCAAGAACGUAUCCCUCCCUAAAAUGCCCUCUUUCUCAUCAUCUUCAUCUUCCUCUAAGUCAUCUUCAGUAGUGAUGAUGUCAAAAAGAGAAGAAGAGUUGAAAGAAAUCAGAGCUAAAUCUACUGAACAAAUCAAUGAUGAAAUUAUCGAUAUUAAAGGAGAAUUACUCAUGCUCAGACUACAAAAAUCAGCUCGCGAAGAGUUCAAAUCUAGUGAUUUUCGGAAAAUGCGCAAAAGGGUAGCUCGAAUGCUGACCGUAAGAAGAGAAAGAGAGCUUGAGGAGGGAAUUAAGAAAAGGUUGUCAAGGAAACUUGACAAACAAUGGAAGAAGAGCAUUGUGGUCAGGCCACCCCCAUCUCUAAGGAAAAUGCAAGAGGAGGAGAGGGCUGCAGAAGCAGCAGAGGCAGAGAAGGCAACUUGAGCCUGGCUGAUGCACUCGUGUAUAAAAAAUGGUUCUCAAAUUCCUUGUAUUUGAGUAACACUCCUUUAAGGAACCAUUUUCUGAGUUAAAUUUUCAUUUUAUGUAAAAGUUAACAAUUGCACCAUGUUUUUAGGGCUUUUAUGAAAUGGAACCACACUCCCAAUUUGAGGAGUUUUAAAGUCUCAAA